UAAUCACUACAUAGGUUUACUCCCCCCACACGACGCGACGGCGCAAACGGAUACGGUCCGUUAGCAAAGUACGACGUCCUCGUCGUAAUAUGACAUUUUAGAUUCAUAUACCUAGUAUUGCGAACGAGAUACAUUUUGCAGUUGUAGCUAGUAGUCACUUGAAGAGUUAUCGGUCAGUGGGUCAUCUUAGGGGCGGAUCUUUUCCAAGAUGCUGCGUCGCGACAUCACCUUCGUUUUAAGGAACAAGUCAUAUCUACCGGCUCUUUUUGCAAAAGAAUGCCGGAACUACGGUACUUCAUAUUCUACGGUGCACCAGGAGCCGCCAGGUCCUCUAAUAAAGACAGAAAUUCCGGGUCCAAAAUCAAAGCAACUCUUAAAAGAAAUGAUGGAUAUUCAACAAUGUGGAUCAGUGCAACUAUUUGCGAAUUAUGAAAAAUCUGCGGGAAAUUACUUUGCGGACGCAGAUGGCAAUCUCUUUUUGGAUGUUUACACGCAGAUAUCUUCUUUGCCUCUCGGGUACAACCACCCGGCGCUCUUGAAUGCUUUUCAAAAUGAUAGUGAAGUGGAGAGCUUUGGUAAACGGCCUGCUCUCGGACAACCACCCGGCUACUGGCCUAAAUUUCAAAUUAUUGGAGAUGUUUUGCUGUCAUAGUUGCACCACCAGAGCUUGCGGCACGUCAUGACUAUGAUGUGUGGAGCUUGCUCUAAUGAAAAUGCGUUCAAAGCUGCUUUCAUAUUAUAUUGUACAAGAAAACGUGGUGGCAAAACAACAUUUACGGAGGAAGAAAUGAAAACAGCACUUCUCAACAUUCCCCCAGGAGCUCCUGAUUUAUCAAUUAUGUCAUUUAAGGGUUUGAAUAGUAGUGGAGCUUUCCAUGGACGUACAUUUGGAACGUUGGCGACUACAAAGUCGAAAGCUAUUCACAAACUGGACUUCCCAAGCUUUGAAUGGCCAGUUGCUAGAUUCCCAGAAUACAAGUAUCCUUUGGAAGAGUUUAAACGUGAAAAUGAACAGCAAGACAAAGAGUGCCUCGCACAUGUUGAAGAACAAUUUGACAAGUGGGAAAAGAAAAAGCCCAUCGCUGGUGUAAUCAUUGAACCCAUUCAGGCGGAAGGUGGUGAUAACCAUGCUUCACCGGAGUUCUUCCAAGAACUGCAAAAGAUAUGUAAUCGUAGAGGAGCGGCUUUGAUCAUAGAUGAAGUGCAGACUGGAUGUGGACCGACAGGUAAAAUGUGGUGCCACGAACAUUUCAAUUUGCCAUCACCACCAGACUUGGUAACGUUCAGCAAGAAAAUGUUGACUGGAGGAUUUUAUUUCAAGCCGGAAUAUCUGACACCACAACCGUUAAGAAUUUUCAAUACGUGGAUGGGAGACCCGUCAAAGUUGGUUAUGUUGGAACAAGUUAUUAAAGUCAUAAAAACUGAAAAACUUCUACAAUUAGUCGAAGAAACAGGAAAGGUGCUUAAAAGUGGUCUGCACUCUCUAGAAACCGAAUUUCCCUUCAUGAUGAACAGCGUCCGUGGUCGAGGCACAUUUUUGGCAUUCGAUGUCGCCACUCCGGAAUUACAGGAUAAGAUUGUUCAAACCUUGAAACAAAAUGGUGUACUCGGAGGUUCCUGCGGAAUACGUACAAUUCGUCUUCGACCGGCUCUAAUUUUCGAACCGAAACACGCUGAACUCUUUUUGGAAAUACUUAGGAAAACUUUGAGGCAGUUGAAGUAAGAUGACGUUUUAGUCUUGUUUUUCCGUAAAAUUAAUAGUUAUUUCAGUAAUUUUGUUGUUUAACUAACGUAAAAACUAGGUCUAUCGAUCUAUUCAUUGUUUAUUGGGAAUCAGAGAUUACUUAUACGUCGAAAGUAUAAUUAGAUAUCUUAAGUAUUGCCUGUAUUUUUAAGUGCCAUAAGUUUUUUUUUGUAUAACUUUUUUUAAUUUUAAAUGUUACUGCAAAGGUAUUUUUAAAGCAUUUAAUUUAGCUUUAGCACUGUACCUUUUAUUUCGAUGCGACUGUGAAAUUAAAAAAAGAAAGUAUUGCGAUACGAUUUAAAACACGUGAAUUGGUUAACGUAACAAAAUGUUUUUUUUAACGGUGAAUAUUGUAUUUAUUAUGAUUGUUAUUUUGUAAUGUCUUAUGUAUUCUAACUAAAUGUGUCGUAUCUAUUUCAUGACUAUGGUUGUAUUGAGACAUAUUUAUUAUUGUAAUAUGAUGUAUAUAAUUGAUUUCAUUAAUAUGUGGGAGUCAACCCACUUGAUUCCUAUUACAUAUAGUAACGUUAUACUUAUUUUUAUGUAGGAAGGCCUACAUAUUUAUGAUGCACAAUUUUAUUAUAAUAUCAGUUAUGCACUAAUUACGAUUUACCCAUGAAUUUUUAUUUUUUUAUAAUGGCGUUUUUGUCCGGAGAUUUAAGACACCCCUUCUCAUGUAUGAUGGUGCGGGUUCGGGGCCUACCAACGGCAAGUAUCCAUUUGGGUUUUUUCGAAGUUGUGAAUAUGUACCUACUGUUCAAGAUUAUUUAGGACAACACUGACAAACGGUGAAGGAAAACGUUUUAACGAAAUCGAUAUGAAGAUUGCAGUAAAGUUUUUAUUUGUUUCAUUACAAUUUAUUCCACAAAAUACCUUAUAGGAAAUUGAAGAUGAACGUGUUACAUUUAAGAUUAACUUCCUAAGCUAAAUAGAUAGGACUGAUUGAUGUCUUCCAAAUAAUUGUAAUAAAAACCUGAUUGAUUCCAUUCUAA